UCUGUGACAGGCGUGCCGAAGUUUGUGCUGUCACAGAAAACAAAAGGAGCAAAUUUCCUCGGGUACACCGCCAGCUCGAGGUGUGUGACCAUGGAAUUGCUUGGAGGGAGCGGUGAAUGUACCGUAGUUCUCGACCACUUCACUGACAACAAAUGGCUUACAGAUGUACUUUACGCAACGACGUCCCGCUCUGUAAUCAACUUCACAGCCAUAGAUUUUGACAAUGGUACACACUCUGUUCCAGCAUCACCACUUUACCGACUUAUCUAUACUGAUUACACUACCUGCUUCCUUGUGAUGGGUAGGCAGUCAAGCAGACAAGAAUGCUUCUUGUGGUCAAAGGCAGAACCUUCUACGCUGCAUCGCAAAAUGCCUACCGCAUGCGACUUCACAUAUCAAUCAAAAUGCCGUGGCAAAAAGGAAGACGCUUCUACAAAUGAUUGUCGGAACACAGGAAAAUAAAUGCGUUUCAUUUUU